AUGAGCAAGCCGGCGGGAUCAACAAGUCGCAUUUUAGACAUCCCUUGCAAAGUGUGUGGGGACCGCAGCUCCGGGAAGCACUAUGGGGUUUACGCCUGCGAUGGGUGCUCGGGAUUUUUCAAGCGGAGCAUCAGGAGGAAUAGGACCUAUGUUUGCAAAUCGGGAAACCAGGGAGGCUGCCCGGUGGACAAGACGCACAGGAACCAGUGCCGGGCCUGCCGCCUGAAGAAGUGCCUGGAGGUCAACAUGAACAAAGACGCAGUGCAGCACGAGCGGGGUCCCCGGACGUCGACGAUACGGAAGCAGGUGGCCCUCUACUUCCGUGGGCACAAGGAGGAGAGUGGCAGUACCCCACACUUCCCUGCCACCGCCCUGCCAGCACCUGCCUUCUUCACCGCCGUCUCUCAGCUGGAGACCCACAGCCUGGAGCUGGCUGCUGUCACCAGCACCCCAGAGAGGCAGGCUCUGGUGGGCCUGGCACAGCCUACCCCAAAGUACCCACAUGAAGUCAACGGCACCCCUAUGUAUCUCUACGAAGUGGCCACUGAAUCCGUCUGUGAGUCAGCAGCCAGGCUUCUGUUCAUGAGCAUCAAGUGGGCCAAGAGUGUCCCAGCCUUCUCCACUUUGUCCUUGCAAGAUCAGCUGAUGCUUUUGGAAGAUGCUUGGAGAGAACUGUUUGUUCUAGGAAUAGCACAAUGGGCCAUUCCAGUUGAUGCUAACACUCUACUGGCUGUAUCUGGCAUGAACGGUGACAAUACAGACUCUCAGAAGCUGAAUAAAAUCAUUUCAGAAAUACAGGCUUUGCAGGAGGUUGUGGCUAGAUUUAGACAACUUCGGCUAGAUGCUACUGAAUUUGCCUGUCUCAAAUGCAUUGUCACUUUUAAAGCUGUGCCUACACACAGUGGCUCUGAACUGAGGAGUUUCCGAAACGCUGCUGCCAUCGCAGCCCUGCAGGAUGAAGCCCAGCUCACUCUGAACAGCUACAUUCAUACCAGGUACCCCACACAACCCUGUCGUUUUGGAAAGCUUUUACUGCUUCUACCAGCUUUACGUUCAAUUAGUCCAUCUACGAUAGAAGAAGUGUUCUUCAAAAAGACCAUUGGGAAUGUACCAAUCACAAGACUGCUUUCAGACAUGUACAAAUCCAGUGACAUAUAA